AUACAGUGCAGACUACGCAGCACCCUGGCCACAUUGAGGAAUCAUGUAAAAUGAAUCCGUUUCGUAGAGUGACGUUUUCUGUUGUGAGUCAGCCUCAGGACCCGCAUCAAGGGUCAUUGCAGAGUUGCUAUGACAGCGGUCUGGAGGAGUCAGAAACACCAAGCAGUAAGAGUUCAUCAGGGCCAAGACUGGGUGCCCUUCCACUCCCAGAGGACAACUACGAAAGGACUACGCCGGAUGGCAGUGUUGGUGAGGCAGAGCAUAUGGAAAAUGAUUCACGGCCUCUACCAGAUGUAGCCCUAACAGGGAAGUGCACCCGAGAAUGUGAUGAAUAUGGCCACUCAGACUCCUGCUGGAUGCCAGUCCGCACUUCUCCAGAGAGAAAGCAGAAGAGCCAGCCAAAACUGUCCACUUUCAUGCCUGUCGAUGAACGGGGCAGUCAGGAAAAGCUGGCCAAUGGAGAAGCCUCCCUCAUGGGUGAUCGCAACAGAAACCUCCUUAACAAAAAGUUGACCUCAUCCUAUGAGACCUUCAGCGCAGCUAGUUUCAGCAAAAAUGAAGAAGGCAAUCCAGAGGAUAUCCCCCUUACACAGACAGGGGAAUACAAGCCAUCUCCUGUCAAUACUCUAACUAGAAGAGAAGUUUACCUGUAGGCUAAAAAGCAGCAACAAAGUUCUUUCAUAAUAUAAGAAAGAAAUGGGGCAAAAUUCUUAAAAUCACAACAGUUUUAAGAAAAAAAUGUGAAACAAAAGAAAGGGGGCCACCAAAGAGACAAAAGAUCUGCCUGCCACUUCUGCCUCCAUAGCAGGCAUGUAAUUAUACUGUCUGCCUGACUAUACUGUACAAUGUAGAAAACGUUGUUACUUGCAUGUCUAAUUCCCCCUCGCUGAUUUUUAUUUUCCUAGAUCUAUGGUUGCAAAUUACUCCCAUAGUAGCAAGCUUGAUUAAAAAGAACACAACACACUGUUGUUUCCCCUCUGCAGAAGCAUGAAUUAAGCCACUCAUUUUGUUUGUUUGUCAUCUGGCUUGUUGAGGAUAACAGGUCAGGGAAAAUGUAUUCAAAACAUACCAUCUGAAUAUUGCUGAUCCCCAUCAGGGACAAUCCUUCAGAAACCGUAAAGAUAUAGGAUAAAUAUAAAGGAAUAAUCAUUAAUAGGCACUUUGUGAAGACCACAGCUUUAAUAUUCUCACCUCUCAUCUGAGGCUGGAAGCAACAGAAAUAUAUUCAGCCUGAGACUGCAGUCAAAACCACGGCAUACUUUCCUGUGAUUCAUGAACUCUGGUUCUGUUUUAUCCAUAGAACAAAUGUGUCUUGCUGUGUCUCUUUCUCUCUUUCUCUCUCAUUGUCUGUAAUGAUUAUUUCAAUGUAAACACAAUUACUAACACUUAUACCAUAGGAUAGCAAUGAUAAACUGUUGAAAUCAUUAUUUUGGGCAAGACUAACAUUUAGCUGGAAAGAUUGUAAUAACAAAAAGGCCAAAGAUCACACAAUGGAUCAGGGGAACUGUUAAGUAUUGGGGCUUGACUUAGAAAAUAAAUGUAUUCACAAAAAAACCACAUGUACUCAUAACACAACUUCAGUUAAAUUCUACGCAGCAGCACAGUUCACAAGCCCAGAUGACAAAUUUUUUUUCCAGUGUGGUUCAGUUGAAUGCCCAAAGGAACUGAUACUUUUUUUUUUGUAAUGACAUGAUAUAUUGCAGCACAUGCUGCAUAUGAUAUGCUGCAUAUGCUAGUUCCAGGGAAUUUUAAAGAUCAAAAUUAAAAAAUAAUAGUAGAAGAGAAGGCUGUGUUGGUGGGAAUGCUUGAUGGGAGGGAAAAAGGUGGACAAUAGGAUAAUGCAGUAACAAGAGAACAUUACAACUUGGAUACAAAAGCUUCUAUUCAGAUCGCAAGGCAUGGUUGCUAAGUCUGGUCAUCCGUGUUGCAGCUUGUCAACUGCUUCAAUUAUGUCAAAGAUGAUGAUAAUGAAAGCUUUCUUGAAACCAAGUGCAUUAAAACCAAGCGAAGUGCAAUACUAAAUGAUAUCAAGAUGCAGAACAUUUAGCAUUAGUAAAAAUGGUCUCAUAAACAGUGGUAUGAUACCUAGGAGGUCAAGAUGACUUAAAAGGAAUCCAAGCUACUGUGAUAUGCAAGAGCUGUAACAACUAUCAUGGUGAGUGCUUCUUGGAAGGAAGAGGAAAUGAAACAGGGUUUUGUGCAAUAAAAGCAACAAAACAUGCAGAACAUCAACCAAUUGCUCUGUAGUUGAUGUAGUAAUAAUCACAGACCAAGCUCAGACAUUCAGACAAAAGUGACAAUCAAACAACACAGCAAGGACAGCUCAAGGACGGGGAAAGCGUUCAGAUCCCUGGCUGUUGAAUCUGGCGUGAUGGCAUGGCUAGAUGGCUCUCUAGUAACUGUAGUCAUAAUGUAGCUUUGGGUAGUUUCUUGCUUUGAAGAAUUGCAUAGAAAUAACCUUAAACAGCCUAAGGUAGAGGUUGGUAAAUCCAAACAGCUCAUCACAUUUAUCCUUUGAGUUCACUUCUCCAUUUAGUGGGUUGUGCCAUUACUGGCCUUUUCAUUCUCCUCUCUAAAGUUUACUUCCUUCAAGUAACAUUAGUUUGUGUAUAGCAGUUAUGAUGAAUGGGACAUUUUAGAAAGAAAAUAUUAAAAUCAAAGAUUAAUAAUGAUUGAACAUUUUUAUGUUUAAUUAUUUAAGUAAUAUGGAGAGAUGCAAGCUAGUACUUUGUUAUGAGACUGCGUAUAGCAGUUACUGCUUUGUAUAAUCUGUAAGUACCUGUUUAAAAAUGCUUCUAAAAAUGCUUAUGUAAUGUAAACACAUUUUUCUUGCACGUUUCAACAGAAUACACAAUUGCAUAACACAAAUGUUCAACCAAACUUCCUUUAAUAAGAUUUUAUUUAAUAUUACACACAAGAAAAUAAAUUAGGUAGCUGGGUUCCAUAUAUUCUUAGACACUUUUUCUACAAGGCUAAUAAUGCAGGUCAUAGUAGACCUCCAGAUUAAAUGGAUCAGCAGUCACUCACCAAUUUUUGCACCACAUAAGACAGUCAUGAAAAAAUUUUCUUGUGUGCAUCUCCUUAGAUCUAAAAUGCGUGUGAAAGAAUUUUUUAAAAUUCUAUCUACUGUAAGUAUUCACAGUAAUUCUUGUGGAACUAGCCACUAUUAAUAUGCUGAUUACUCUUCUGACCUGGCAUGACAUACAAAUAUAUUUUGUGUUUGUAUUUUUCCUCAUUAUUUGAAAUAGGUUAAAUCUGGUGCCACUCCAUAAAUAGAGUGCUUUUGUAUAAAAAAAACAAACAAAUAAAGCUAUAAAAAAUAAUUAGGGUGAAUGCAAAAUAUGCAACUGUGCCUUUUAUACCUAUUAUUAUGGUAAAGUGGUAGUUGGGUUUGGACACUGAGGGGUAAGGGGCUAUUCCCAACUUUUUUGAACCUGUAUAUUUACCUGUGUUUAUUUUCUGAGAAAUUAUAAAUGAUAUAUUUAAAAAUAAGCCUUUUGCCAAACUCAGUUAAUGGACCAGUCUUAAGAAUUAUUAACACAAGGCUGUGGUUUAAGUAGGUCUUGAGGAUUUUUUUAUUACUAUUUGUGCGGGGUUUGGGGUUGUUUUAAUUUGUUUUUAAUUCUGCUGCCUGGAAAAGUAUGAUCAGUCUAUAUGAUAGCUAUUUAGCAAGGUGUCACCAGUUCAUGUUACCAGGAAAAUUGACAAUUUUUUUCAAUUGCUUUUAGCCUUCAUAACAUUUUAGUUGUACAGAAUAGAAAUCAUCUUUUUCUUUCCUUCCAUGGGAAACUCAGAUGAGCUUUGCAUGUAUUUUACAUUAGGACACCUUUAUAGAUUGAUACGUUAAUAUAUAACUUUAUAUGUAUUAGAAAGUUCAAUAGCUUUGGUCUAAAAUCUAAGGCUUAUUCCAGAUCUCAGACCCACUAUGUUUACUGAAUAUGGUUUCUGACUGGCCUGCUGCCUGAGUUUCAGGAAAAAAAAAGCUAAACAUUAUUUUUAUGUGGGGAAAGAAUUUAGAUGGGAUUGAAAUGAUUGGCUGAAAGGCUACCCUAGAAGUUGUCAAGCAGAAAAACAAUGAAUACGGAUAACGAUCUUGCCGUAAAUCCAGCCAUCACCAAACACUUGUAAGGAACUUGAACAACGAGAUAUUUUUCCUUCCGUUUCAUUGGUGAUAAAUAUACAGAGUUUCCUUAAGAAAAGAAGCAGCUGAAAAAGCAAUAGAAAUGAAAGCCCAUCAGUUAAGUUGCAUUACUGACUGAAAGAGCGUGAGCACUAGGAAGAAGGCAACAUUCGCCAGCUACCUGGGGUAUGCUUUCAGACAACUUUUCCUAAAUUUUAAAGCACUUGCAUUCAGUGUGGUACGAUCUGUUUGUAAUAAUAAUCAUUGACUAUUGUUCUGCAACUUGGAUGUUGAUAGUGAAGCAGAGAACAAUUUAUCAUUGUUUAUUAUGAGUCACUAUGCACGCAACUAUGCUAAACAUGGCAAAAUGUAUUAAACGCUAGUCCACCUCUAUUUAUGAAAUAUUUACAUAAUUUAAUUUGCUUUUGUACAGUUUUAUGUAAAUAAAUUGCUUGUCAUUUUUGUCUCUGCAAAUUAAAAUAUAACAUGUUCAACUGGU